AUGGAGACUAUGUGUUUUGGUGAUGAAGACUGGGGGUUUUAUCAAGGAGAAAAGAGUGCCGUGAACUAUGAAGAUGUACAUGUGAAUUUCACUCGGGAAGAGUGGGCUUUGUUGGAUCCUUCCCAGAAGAGUCUCUACAUAGAGGUGAUGCUGGAGACCUGCAGGAACCUCACUGCUGUAGGCUACAAUUGGGAAGACCAUAAUAUUGAAGAACAUUGUCAAAGUUCUAGAAGACAUGGAAGGUACGAAAAAAGUCAUAAUGAAGAGAAACCUUAUGAAAUUAUUCAAUAUGGUGAAGCCUUUGCACAUCACAGUAGUCUCCAAAUAUAUAAAAGAACACAUAAUGGAAUGAAACCCUACAAAUGUCAGCAAUGUGAUAGAGUCUUUUCACAACACAGUCGUCUCCAAAGACAUAAAAGAACACAUACUAGAGGGAAACCCUACAAAUGUAAUCACUGUGGUAAAGCCUUUGCACAUCCCAGUAGUCUCCAAAGGCAUGACAAAAUUCAUACUGGAGAGAAACCUUACAAAUGUACUCAGUGCGAUAAAGCAUUUUUACACCACCAUAGUCUCCAAAUACAUGAAAGAACACACACUGGAGAGAAACCCUAUGAAUGUAACCAAUGUGAAAAAGCCUUUGCAUGUCACACUACUCUCCAAAUACAUAAAAGAACACAUACUGGAGAGAAACCAUAUGAAUGUAACCAAUGUGAUAAAGCCUUUUCACAAUACAGUCAUCUCCAAAGACAUAAAAGAACACAUACUGGAGAGAAACCCUAUGAAUGUAAGCAAUGUGGGAAAGCCUUUGCACGUGACAGUCAUCUUCAAAGGCAUGAAAGAAUUCACACUGGAGAGAAACCCUAUGACGGUAUUCAACAUGGUGAAGCCUUUGCAUGUCACAGUCAUCUCCAAAUACAUAAAAGAACACUUACUGAAGAGAAACCCUAUGAAUGUAAGCAAUGUGGUAAAGCCUUUGCGUAUAAUGCUCUUCUUCAAAUACAUAAAAGAACACAUACUGGAGAGAAACCCUAUGGAUGUAAUCAGUGUUGUAAAGCCUUUUCAAAACUCGGUACUCUAAAAGUACAUAAAAGAAUACAUACUGGAGAGAAACCCUACGAGUGUGACGACUGUGGUAAAGCCUUUGCCUAUAAGUACCUUCUUCAAAUACAUGAAAGAACACACACUGGAGAGAAACCCUACAAUUGUAAUCACUGUGGUAAAGUCUUUGUACAUCACAGUGAUCUUAAAAGGCAUGACAAAAUUCAUACUGGAAAGAAACCUUAA